UGGAAGACAUGUAGGUGACGGACUAACGCGCGUUAACUGAUAACAAGAUGGCGGCAGUCGGAGAAGAUGGAAAUCCGUGGUUUCAGCCGUCAGGCGACAAUCACAGAAAACAAACUGACGUAAUCGUAGACAUGGAAUCAUCAGAAGGAUUCGUCGUUCUCAACGGUGAAUCAGGGGCCCCUUCGAAGGACCCGGUCCCUCCCACUUCAAAGCCGGAAAACUACCUCAACCAGAUGCAGACGGAAAUUGGGAAGGAAAUGGCCGGACAGAUGUGGCAGGCUGGAAAGCAGUCCGCUCGUCGCGCUUUUGACUUGUACGCCAACGUCGAUCUUCUGCGGCCGUAUUUUGACGUUGAACCUCGUCAAGUUGCCAAACGUCUCUUGCAGUCGCUUAUUCCUCGGUUACCGUCCAAAGAGAUACGAAUCGAAGGAGAUCUCUAUGGACCUACAGUGUUGACAUUUACACUAGUCGCAAUAUUGUUAUUGACGAUGAAAGCGAGCGGACACACUGUGAGGGAGGGCACUCUGAUGGGAACUGCUAUUGGUGUGAGCUUUUUCUACUGGCUAGGAACGUCGUUACUCUACUUCUUUCUUGCCUACUUGUUCAACUCUAGUGUCAGCUUGAACAAAGUGUUGUCUCUCGUUGGAUAUGGGAUGUUCGGCCCAUGUCUGUGUCUGUUGUAUAGUCUGCUAUUUCAUUCGAACUCAGGAUCGCCUUUCUAUUUGUCAUGGAUUUUAUUGACCGGUUUUUCGGCUCUUCGUAUAGGGUUUGCUUUGGCUUCGACGACUUUGCUGAGACGGCAUGGAUUUGUAUUAGGAUCGGUAGCAUUUGGUGUUCAUUUGCUAUUUGUGUUGUACGUGAAACUUGCCUACUCCAAGUUAUAUGAGGCUGUCAGCUUACUUUAGCACAGAUAUAACACAGUGAUCUAGAUGAUUAUAAAUAAAUUUAGGUUGACAUAGGAACAUUGAAGUGUGUGUGUGUGUGUGUGUGU